AUGCAUGGUUGGUAUGAGAGGAACGCGGAAUUUGGCAAGGCGCCCGUCUGGCCGCCUGGCAUCCCGAGCUGGCCGCCAGCUCUCGGGGGUGGGGAUGGGGUGUGUCCCGGGGACCAGCCACGGACCGCUCAGCAGCGCGCCUUUAACCAGCCAGGGAGGACCUGGGUCAAGCCCAGAGCGGGAGGGGGCUCCCGGAAGCGGGCACUGACCGCCCGGGCCCUCGCGACUCCAGCGGAGUACCCCGCCCCCGCCCCCGGGGAGCGCGGACGUGCGCGGGGAGCGUCUCCGGGGCGCGAACCACGCUACCCCCAACUUGGUCCCCAUCGGGAGUGGCGGCCUCGCGCCCUAGUGCCCGGACUAGGCGCUCCAGGGUCCCACGGCCUCGGGUGGUCCCAAGAGACCCGCGGCGACGUGGGGAAAGCCCUUCCCGGGCGGCGAGAGUGGGCCCGAAAGGGUCCCCGGGGGUUCUCUGCACCGGGAGGACCCGGGGUUUCUCCACCCCCUGGCGUCCGCCUUUACCCAUCCUCCUCCGGGAGACCCGGGAGGUGGCGAAGUGGAAAGGGAGGCGGGAACGCGGUGGAGACGGAGCGGGGGUGGGGGUGGGGAAGGAAGGCGAGUGCACGGGGGACCCCUCCUGCGAGGGCUGGGCCGGGGACGCGGGGACCACUCGGCCCUUCCGCGGGCAGUAGCGGCUUCUCUUCCCGGGAACCCCCACCCAGCCGCUCCCAACCUGGAGAACAAAGGGUCUGGGCAGCUCGGUCGGGGUCGGGGGACGGAGGUGGAGGGAGGCAGGAAGACGGCGGAGGGCCUGAGGGGGCAGGGGGGUGCCGGCCCACGUUUCUUCUCCUGGCCGCUUGGUGGAAAGCUCCAUCCUGUGAACGCCCUGCGGAGGCCGCUUCUGAGUCCGGGAGUGCUCGGGUUCCUUACCUAACGGCUGCACUCACGCCCUUCCUCCCUCAGCAUCCCCACCCCCUCCCGGGAUCUUGGGCCUGGGAGCCGCUGAGCCGCCGCAGCCAGGAGCGGGCGGAAACGCGGGGCAGCAGCGCCCCCUGCAGGUGUCGGGCGCCUCCGCAGCCCCUCGCCGCGCCGGUCCUUAAGGUGGAACGCGCUCAUUCCCCACCGCGCGAGCUGCCGGGAACAUCCCGCAGCCCUAGCUCCACGCGCUCUCAGGGUCUCCCCAGGCGACCGGGCCUGACCAUCCGGAACCACGGAGACUGCCGCUCUCUGCUGCUAGUUUCCGGUCCCUCGGCCCAACACCCGCAGGAUCUCUUCCGGAUGCCCCGCUAUCGAUCCGGACACACACUGAUCAUCCCCUGCCGUUUAAGAGGAUGCUUAAAAUCUCGCGUCCGGGCGGUUUUGUUCUUGAACCGAGGGGUACAUGCGUGACUCGGCGUCUUUGGGCAGUGCCCUCCGCGAACUCCAAUUCUUGGAGGGAAACCUUGAGCAGAAGAACAAAGCAAUCCAUUCGGCGUGGACUGGCCGAAUUCUCUC